UAGAUCUAUAUAACUACCAUUGCUCAAUCUAAACGGGAUUAGAUCUUUUUUUUUUUUGGUGCUGUUUACGUUUCUUUUGUUAUUAGAUCUAGAUCUAGAAUAGAUCUAAUUAAAGAUGCCUAAAGUUAAACGCAGUAGAAAGCCACCACCAGAGGGAUGGGAGCUUAUUGAACCAACAAUAGAUGAAUUAGAUCAGAAAAUGCGUGAAGCUGAAACUGAACCUCAUGAGGGCAAACGUAAAGUGGAAGCUCUUUGGCCAAUUUUUCGCUUGCACCACCAGAAAUCCAGGUACAUCUAUGAUCUGUUCUAUCGCAGGAAGGCAAUUAGUCGAGAACUCUAUGAAUACUGUUUAAAAGAGAACAUUGCAGAUAAAAAUCUGAUUGCAAAAUGGAAGAAGCAAGGUUAUGAGAAUUUGUGUUGCUUGAGGUGUAUACAGGUCAGAGAUACCAAUUUCGGAGCCAACUGUAUCUGUCGUGUCCCUAGGUCAAAACUGGAAUCUGGUAAAAUUGUUGAAUGCGUUCACUGUGGAUGCAGAGGCUGCUCUGGUUGAGUUUUACCCAUCAACUUGAUGUUUGAAUGUUGUAUCAUGGAAAAUAACACAAAUUAUUUUAUGCUUCAAAUGAAGUGCAUCUUUAUGAGCUGAAUUGAACAUGAAUUGGUUUUGUUACUUUAAUUUUUAAAGCACAUUUUUUUUAAUAAGUGAAAGAAAUUUCAAACAAUGUUAAAACAUUGUUUGGAACCAACAAAAGUGUAACAUCUUAAGGCAAUAAAUUUUAGGCAUUGGUUUUUUUUUUAUUUAUAAAGAUAUUAAUUUUAAAAUAACUGAAAGAAAAAUCAAGUCAUUUUGGAAUGAGUUUCAAAUAGGACUAUUUAAGUGCAUUUAUCUAAGUGAAAUGCAUCUACAAUUUUCAAUCUUUGUUUCUUUCAAUCAUUUUGACUCAUAUUCCAUUAACUUUUGAUGUAAAUAAAUGUAUUUUAUAAUUCCAA